AUGAAUACCGAGUCUGUUAUCCAAGAUGCAAGGGAAAACUUUAUUCUCGAGAACUUUCAAGAGUGUUUGAAACUUCUUCAUGGAAUCCCGAUUGUUUCUCCUGAGUUUCGCGACGAGAUUGACCUCCUUACAUUUCAAGCUUAUAUCGCGCAGCAGAAGUACAACGUAGUUAUAAAUGAGGUCUCAGAAUCUCAUGAGCGUCCGGAGUAUCGCCUUGUUCUCCUCCUAUCCAAGCAACUAUCGGGCGCAUAUACCAAAGAGGAAAUUGUAGAUAAGCUUAAUGCAAUGCUAAUGGAGAACAUUUCUGCCAAGGAUCCGACUGCUCUCCUUAUUGGGGCAACUAUUUUUAUGAAUCUGAACAUGCCAGAAAAGGCCCUUAGGGUUCUUCAUCAAAGCUCUGAUCUUAUGUGUGAUGCUAUGUCGGUUCACUGUCUUCUCAUGAUGAACCGGGCCGAUUUGGCGGAGAAAAUAGUUCUUAGAAUGCAAUCCAAGAAUGAGGAUUCCAUGGUUUGUCAGUUGGCUUCUGCCGAAUUAUACCUAGUUCAGGGGGGAGAGAAGGUGACAGAAGCUCUGAACAUCUACCAGGAGUUGCAAGAAAAGAACAAGCCCUCCACUCUUCUGUUGAACGGUCAGGCUAUCGCCCUCGUCGCCUUAGGACGCCAUGCUGAGGCCGAGCCCCUUCUUCGUCAGGCUCUUGACAUUGAUCCGAGCCACAGCGCCUCCCUUCUGAACAUGAUUUCGGUAUCCGUAAACACUGGAAAGCCUAUUGAAUCGUUGAAUCGGUACAUUUCACAAGUACGCGACUGCGACAAAUCGCAUUCCUUCCUUGAAUCACUUGAUAAAAUGCUACGUUCUUUUAGGACAACGUGUUUGACGAACUCUCGAAGUCCUUUGCGCCUUCUGUUUCCAGCUAACUUCACCCACUCUUCCUCUGUACCCCUGAUAAUGGUUCUUUUUUGUGCCACAUUAGUGGAAUAUUUAUUCUUAUGUUUCCUUCCACUUUAUUUAUUCGGGAAUACUGAAGUCAAAGGACUGGCGUUGCAUACGAUUUCACGCCAAGAAGCUGUCUACCAUACGUACAUGAAGAUGGUAACUGAGUACGCUAAGGGCGCCCAGUCGAUCAAGGCGGCGGGCUGCAUUGUCAGCGAGUCAGGAUAUUGCUUCAUGUUUCACUUCGAUAUGUCUUUCGUCAUCUCGCUCUGUCUUUUAUUUGCAUUGCCUUUUUGCAAUGGAAUAUCGACAAUGGCAAUUGAUCUUGGUACGGAUGUGACUAAGGUUGCUGUCGUUCGGGCUACUAGGGACCCGACUAUUGUGUUCGCGGAGUUGCCGUCUAUUGUCGGCAAGACCCUUGACCAUCCUACUGUGAUUGAAUAUCAAAAGCGAUAUCCUUAUCAUAACCUGACAUUCAGUUAUGAAUCCCGUCAACUCGCCUUUGUUGUCAAUGGCAAGGAAUUUACCGUCGAGACUCUUCUGGCCAUGUUUCUUGAGUAUGUCAAGAAAACCGCUGAAGCUUUCGCAGAGUCCCAAAUGAAAACCGCCGUGAUCACCGUACCUAGUUACUUUACUCAAGCAGAAAGACGUGCAGUGCUGAGAUCUGCGGGCUUGGCCAAUAUCGAGGUGAUUCAACUCAUGGAUGAUAAUGUUGCUGUCGCACUCGACUACAUUCGUCCAAGAAUUAAACUAGCCAAAGAAAAGCCUAUCUACCUCUUCUUUGAUGUUGGGGCGACAGCAACAACUGCUACCCUUGUUUCUUAUCAGAUGGCCCAGGUGAAGGGUGAAUCGUCCGGGGAACAUCCUCACGUCUAUGUUCUCGGUGCAGCGUAA